AUGGGAGGAAAGGAGGUGGGAGUGUUGGUAAGAGGAUGGGGGAAAGAGGGUGGACGAGAUGGGGCUACCCGAUCACUGGUGGCAUUGCUAACGAAACACUACCAUGAAGCGGACAAGAACACGAGGGAUGAGCUGUAUGAGGCCUGCAAGAGGGCCUUCUCGCUCCUCCGAUCAAGAUACACGGGAGCAAAGUUCUGGCAGGCAGGGAAGAAGCUCUUCGAGACGCUGUUGAGCUUGAUGGAGGACGAGGCCGAGCGUUCAAAGGAGGUCAAGGGUUGGAUCGACAUGGCGGCAGCGGAGGCAGAGAAGUCCCCCGAGAAGGAGGAGGGACCUCCGAAGCAGGAGGCUCCGACCAGCCAGGAGCCUCCUCGCAUGACCCUCCAUGACCUGCUCCAGUCUCUCAUCACCGAAGUCGACGUCGCCGAUCUCCUCCACUCAGUCCCGAUCGGUGACAUGGGCGGCCCUCCUCCUGCCAGCCGAGACGCGAGGUUCAACCUUGACAUGAAGACAGUCCAAGGGAAGGACGUCGUCUGUGCUGUCUGCCAGGAAGAGUUCCCCGUCAACGGCAAGGCCAAGAUGAUGCCAUGUGGUCAUCCAUUCCACUACGACUGUCUCAUGGAGUGGCUGGAGAGGAAGAACAGCUGCCCCAUCUGCCGCUACUCCCUUCCAUCGGAGCGAGUGGCCUUCGACCUCGCUGAGGACCUGGUACGAGCGCGAGACCCGACUGCUUCGUCCUUGUACUCGUAG